GGUGCUCUGCGUUUUCCGGAUAAUUUCAGGGUAUUUCUUGUUCGAAACGGACCAAAUUUGAUUCCACGUGAGAGAUAAGGAAUCGAGGAAUCGCCAGGUUACAUUUGUAACCACAUUGGUGGGAUAUUGGCCAUUCAGGAGAGAAAUUGUUUUUCCCUCCAAAAUUCAAGAUGCCGCUACUAAAACGACACAUUUUUGAGCGAGAGAAACCUCCACCCGAUUUAAAACCCGACGAUGAAGUGUUCUACUGUAAGAUGACAAAUGAAAUCUUCAGAGAUUAUGAGGAAUUUUUCGAGCGGAUCAUUUUGUGUAACAGCCUAGUAUGGUCUUGUUCCAUCACGGGACGGUCUGGGAUGACAUUCCAAGAGGCUCUGGAAUGCGAGAGCCGGGCUAAAAAGCAUCUGGCCACAUUUCCAAGUUACCUGGAAAAACCCAUUCUUUACUUGGCGUCGUUGACACACCGAAGCCGACUGGUGGACUUGAAUGACGACGUAUUCGUCUAUGCGAAGGAUCGUUACUUCAAAGGGGAAGUCGUCGAUGUACUUCAUGGAAGUCUAAGAAAAGUAUGCAAAAUCAUGAAAGUUGUGCUCCCCAAUGUUCCACAGUUGUUAAAUGGCAGUGCAGCAGACAGCAGUGAGACAGAUGGCAGUGAAGUAGAAGAGAUGGAUAGUGUUCCUACUUCUCCCUCUAAGAAGGCUUUUAACUUGAAGCCAUCUAAGUUCCAGUAUGUCGUACUGGAAGAAGGUAGCACAAGCUCUAUCAUCGUCAAAGCUGAAAAUGUUGCACGAAGAAAGGGUGUGUACACAAGAGACAAGAGCAAGUUAUUCUUAAAGCAGCACUGUGAACCAGAGUACGGGCUGUGGAAGGUCAAGGAUUCAAUUCUGAAGAAGAAUGGGUUACAUGGUGCUAAGUUUGAAGACUUUUUUGCUGGACCUCCACCGGCUUUUGCUCAUUCCCCAAUCAAGAAAAAGACAAAUGCGAAAAAAUUAAAUGCAAGCACAUCUGACACAUCUCCUACUUCUGAGAAGAGAAAGAGGAAGAAAUCAGAAGAAGAAAAGCCAAAGAGAAAAUAUACAAAGAAAGAGAAAGUGGAGAGAGUUGCCCCGGUGAUACCUGACGAAGGCCUUCAGCAUAUGACCAAAGAGGAGAAGCUGGCCUUGCGUGAGAAGGAGAAAGAGGAGAAGAAACAGGCACGCCUGGCCCAGAAGGAGGAGAUGAGGAAGCAGUUGGAAGUGAUGAAAGAGAAGAUGAAGGAAGAGAGAGCCAAGGAGAGAGAGAAAUUACGAGAAGAGAAGAGGAAACAGGUGGAGAUAAUGAAGGAAUGGAGUCGACCCAGAGAAGAUAUGGAGUGUGAUGAUCUUGUGGACAUUCCUCAGCCUACCCCUGUACAGACCAAGAUGCCUCCAGAGUUGUUUGGGGAAGCAGUUAUGGCUCUAGAAUUUCUCCAUUCCUUUGCUGAACUCUUUGAUAAAGAUGAUCAGUUUCCAGGAACUUUCACUUUAGAGCUGAUGGAGAGAGCGCUGAUGGAGAAUGACAUCAGUUCUCCUCUGACUGAGCUGCUCCGCUUCCUCCUCACCACCAUCUUUAACCUGCAAGAUGAGGAAGAGGAGGAAGAGUUGGAACUGAUGAAAAGGGAUGAGAAUAAAGCUGGUGAAACUGUCGACCUUGGUGAUGAUGAUUUUGGUAACUCGGAUUUAUCAAAGAAACAGCUGCUUCAAACAGCUACAGCUGCCUCUCUCACCCCACAGCUAUACCAUGGGUGUUCACUAAGGCGGAUGGCUAUUGACACCUUUACACUGACAGAAGUGCUCCGUCUGCAUUUUUUGUCUUCUGGGGCCAGGGUGGGAGCAAAGAAUAACAAGUUCCGUUACCAGCAGCGUGGAGGUUACACACCUCUGGAUGACCCAGGCUUUGAGUUCAAACACCAGCACCCAGCCAUUAUUCGCAGUCUGGCUGUCAGCAACGUCUUUGAUCUCCUGCCAGAGGAAAAGAUUCAAAUAGUAAUGACACUGAUCAACCAGUUCCUGACAUACGCCACAACGCGGGACUUUCUGGAAGAUAACUUUGAGAAAAUCCGACAGCAGAAGAUGGACCUAAAGCAGCUACAGUGGGGAGAGCUGAGAAGGGAGAGGGAGGAGGCUCAUGCCAGGUAUCGUAAGAAGAUGGAAGAAAAGGCCAGAGAAAAGGAAAGAAUAGCGGAGCUAAGAGCAUUGAAGAUGAAAGAGAAAGAAGGGGCCAUGCAAGGAGAAGAUGCUAAUGAAAGUGUUGAAAAAGAACCAGAAAUAGCUGAACCUUCAGAACCCAAGAAGGCUGAUGUGCCACGCAUGUCUGCACAUGCCGUGAAGAAGUUUAUGCGUGAUCUAGAUGGCAAAGUGAUGAGUGUUCUGCAGCGUGACAACAAGUCACAGCGACAGCGCAGUAAAAAGAGCCAGCAAGAGGAGACGCAAACGAUUGAGGAGCUUCUUGCAGACAUGGACAAGGUGGAUGAAGAUCAGCUUGAUCCAGAGGAAAUAGAAAAGUUCCGCUUCAAGCGAGAGGAGUUAGAGAUAAGGCGCAAAGAAGAUUACGUACAGAGGGAGAAAGACUUAACAGAAGGACUGCUCAAGCUGCAGGCAGGCAAUGCCAUCUAUCCUGUGGGCAGAGACAGAUUUUACAGGCGUUAUUGGGUGUUUAGAUCUCUACCAGGUCUUUUUGUGGAAAACAAUGAUGAGUUUAUACCCGAAUAUAUGUUUGACAACGGUGUAAACACGUCUUUUGAAAGCAACUUCCUACCUCUGAACUCUCAGAAAGGUAAAAAUUGUGUUGAAGAGAAAAGCACCAGCAGUGACAAAGAGAACGAAUCAUUUGAAUUGACCAAUGGGAAUGCCACACCAAAAAUAUUGACCAAUAAAAGCUCAAAUGUCAGCGAGCAUGAGAUACCUGUGAUUGACCUUGAGCCCCCAGACUUAGAUAACGAGCGCAGCAGUGUUGUGGCGGAGAAUGAGAAGCCGCCCGAGUUGGAUUUGUGUGUUGACCAUCGGGCCAGCCAGCAGCGAGUCAUGUGGAGCUAUAUCAGUACCACAGAGCAGUUUGAUUCACUACUCAAGAGCCUGAAUGUGAGGGGCUUCAGAGAGGGAGCUCUCAAACAGUGUCUGAAGGAACAAAAAUUGAGAAUAGUAGACUCAAUACGAAACUGUCCCCAAGAGGCCCUACAAAUUACCUAUGACCCUGAAGAGGCAGGGAAAAAACCUGGCAAAUCUGGCAGCAAGUCAACGCAGGGCUCCAUGAAAAAUGACAGUGCUCAGGAAUUACUUGAGCUAAAUCUCCGGGACAUGUUAUUGGAGAUAGAGGAGAGGAUUUAUGUGGGCAGUCUUGGCAGUAUAAAGGUGAAGGACAGGUUAAAGUGGAAAGAUGCAAUAGAAAGAGGAGGAUAUGACCCUCAAACAGAUGACCCCACAUUCUGCCUGCCAGAGGAUGCAAAGGAUGACGAUAAAAUGUCAGAGACGUCAGAGAGCUCCGUGGCUCUUGUCAGAGACCUGGCCAUGGCCCUGUUACAGAUUGAGCGAGGCUUGGAACCAAAGUUCCUGGUCAAGCCAUUAGGAGACAAUGAUAAUUCUAGGAAGAGCAAACAGAAGGCCGGAUCAACUGCUGCUUCCAAGGACAAGAGCAAGAAAAAAGUGAAAAGUGAGAAGAAAAGUGCAGAUUCUGAUGCAGAGGAGGAUGAUGAGGAGUCUUCUAAGCCUGUCCUGCGUACUACCUUGGAGAGGUGGGAGGAGUCUCUGCUUCAGUCCACCAGCCUCUCCCAGAUCUACUUGUACUUAGCCACGCUGGAGCGCAGCAUCACCUGGUCCAAGUCUGCACUGCACGCCCGCUGCCGUAUCUGCAGGCGUAAGGGAGACGGAGACAAGAUGUUACUGUGCGAUGGUUGUGACAGGGGUCAUCAUAUGUACUGCCUUAAACCAGCUGUCAAGCACAUUCCUCAAGGAGAUUGGUUCUGCCCAGAUUGUCGCCCUAAGGAGAUCCGCACCCCACGGAAAGGGCGUCGGCGAACAUUCAGUGAGGAGACAGAUGAGGAGGCAGAGUCUGAGGAGGAGGAAGAGGAAAGGGAGGAGGAGGAAGAGGCUGAGGAUGGAAGUAAUGAGGAUAGCUCUGAGGAGGAAGAAGUCAGUGAGGAGGAGGAGGAGGCGGAUACUGAGGAGGAGGAAGAGGAUGCCAACGACAACACCUGCACUGUCUGUAAGAAGGGAGGGAAGCUGCUGUGUUGUGACAGCUGCCCACUGUCCUAUCACCUGCGCUGUGCCGACCCACCUCUCUCUAAAGUACCAAAGGGAAAGUGGCUGUGUCAAGCCUGCAAGAAGGCAGAGAGUAGGGCUGGCAAGAUUAAGAUAGCGAAAGUGUCCAAAUCUAAGAAGGCCACACCCACAUCUAGUCUGUCAGGCUCCCGCAGAAGCAGUCCCGUCCCUGGGAAAGCUUCCAGUCGCACUAAGCGGCGACACUCAGACACUGAUCAGGACCGUGGAGCCAGCACAUCAAGACAAAGUAAACAUUCACGUCUCUCCCUCGAACCUGACUUUGGGGGAGACUCAGACUCGGGUACCCACAAAUCUUUGAGCAGUUACCGUGGUAACAGUAAGGUGCAGCAGAUGAAGGUGUGUGAGGACAUGGUAAAUGAUCUGAUGAGGGAGGAGGCUGCCUGGCCGUUCCUGAAACCUGUCAGCAAGAAACUGGUGCCAGACUACCACGAGAUCAUUAGUCAUCCCAUGGACUUCUCCACAAUAAGGAACCGUAUCAAUAAAUACGAGUACCAGGACCCUCAAACUUUACUGGCAGAUGUACGCCUCAUUUUCCAGAACUGUGAAAGCUACAAUAUCAAGACCUCUCCAGAGUACAAGGCCGGUGUCAAACUGCAGAAAAUCCUGGAGAAACGUGUACAAGACUUAGGCUUAAACCUGGAUGACAUGGCCAGUGGUAGUGGAGGGGCAAAGAAGCGAGCUCGCCGCCACUAACAAUUAGAACAUAGUAACUUAUACUGUAUCCAGCUCAAAUUUCAGAUAUUACUUCCUUAUAAUUUAAUGUUGUCAUCUGUUUCAAGAUGUGUAAAGAAUACACUGUUAAUGUGGGAACUGUGUGCCUGACAAACACUUGUACAGUAAGAGGCUUUAAAAAAAUAUAGCGGUAUAAAGUUUUCUGUUCAGUGCUUUUCCUUGUUAAGGCAACCAGGCCAGAUGGGUGGCAAAGUCUGCUCUGUAUUAGCCUUUGUCAUGUAGCUUGCAUGAUCUAUUUAGACUUUCUCAAAUAUGCCAUAUAUGUGUGUGUUUUCAGCUUUAAAUGGCACAGCCUGUAGUAUCUAAAAUUUGUGGUGAAUGUCUGCAGUGACAGUGUUUUGGUCGUUUGUUGUUAAAGCUAGAUUGACAUCUUUUAUUGGUUCAGCUUGUUGUCCCCAUCGUAGACCAAUUUGAUUGGCCCAACCCGUACGAAGAGUAGGUAGAUAGAAAGAGUUCAGAAAAGUGGAUCAGCCCUUGGCAUGUGCUCUUAUCCUGCAGACCCUGUGCUCUUUAAAUGGCGACUGUCUUGAGAUUUACUUGUAAAACACAUCCUGUGUCCGCAGCAGUCUAUUUACUCAUUGAUUCCAGUUAAGAAUAGAAAGCAUUGUUCCUUUGUUGCAAUUUUGCUUUUUUUCCCCCCCUGGCAGAUGAUUUGUCUAUAUUGCGUUCCGGUGUGGGCGGAGUACGACGUUAAAUCCCAAGCACUCACUCACUCCCGCUGUGGGCGUUGCUUUCUGUAAAUAUGAAGUGAGCUUGUACAGUAUUGAGGUUGUUGAAUGUUUUGGGCGUGGUGUUGUAAGGGUUUUAAGUCUGUGGAAUAAUUGUUUGCUGUAUUACCUCGUUAAAGUAGG